AUGUCUACAUUCCCAAAAAGUACUCAGACCCCCAGUCUAUCUUAUGAUGUCAAUGAUGAAGUUAUGGAAUGGCUUUCAAGAAGUUCUGUAGAUUAUGCUCGAUCCUCUGAGGUCAUCCCAAAUCUCCAUGAAUAUUUCCCCAUGGAAGGAGUCUCGUGUGUCCUCCCCAAACCUACGAGUGGUAAUGCAUGGCUUGAUUUGGUAAAACCAUGGGAACCAGAAUUAGUGGCCACUGAACGUUUUACUAGGCUUUUUGUCGAUGGUGUCCCUCUUCAUGCAUGGGACGUUGAGUUUUUUAAAUUCAUCAGUGCAAGUUUUGGAAAAUUUAUCACGAUGGAUCACUCUGCCUUCAAGAAGCUGGAAUUUGAUGUGGGGCGAAUUCUUCUCAAUACUUCGCUAAGGGACUUCAUGACCAAUGAUCCUGAUAAUGUUAUCUUUGACGGAAACGAAGAUGAUGAAAAUCUUGAUUUGAAUAUGAAUGCUCAUAAUUCCACUACUCAUAUCCACAGUAGCAACUCUCCUGUUGCUAAUUGUGCAAGUCCUGAUGUUGCUAUUCCCCAAAUUUCUCCAGGAAGGGCCACAGAUGGUUGCUCUAUUGAUCAAAGAGAUGAUUUUCAAGUUUCCACAUUCGGAAUUUGA